CUCAUACCGCUUCGCCUCUCACACCUCCCUUCACAGCGCUUCCCGCCUCUCACACCGUCCCUCACACCGCUCCCCGCCUCUCACAUCGCUCUCUACACUGCUCUCCACCCCUCACAGCGCUCCCCGCCUCUCUCACCUCCCCUCACACCGUCCCUCACAGCGCUCCCCGCCUCUCUCACCGUCCCUCACACCGCUCCCCGCCUCUCUCACCGUCCCUCACACCGCUCCCCUCACUAUCGACUUCGUACCACCCCUCACACCGCUCGCCGCUCUCACGACCCCGCCCCGUCGCACCCCAAUCGCUCCGAACCGCAGAAGGCGCUGCCGCUCGGCUCGGUGCGCCUUUUCCUGCGCGGUUCCGUGGUCCUGCUCUGCCCCGCUUGGUUCCCGGCGCUCCCGAUUCCUCCAUGGCGCUGAGGAGGGGUGUCCCGCCGGGCCGGCGCCCUCCCGCAGUUAAGGCUGGAGGUAUGAGAGUGUCUAAAAAGCAAGAAAAUGGACCUGUUGAGAAAAAUGCUAAACUUCCAGGAAAAGAAAAGUCAAGUGCUAUUGUCAGUUUUGCAAAACCUCAGAACAUGGGUGUCUUGGUAGCAGAAGCUCUGAACAAAAUGGGCCACAAAAUCCAUGCAGCAGCGCUACAAGUGGCUCACGAAAAGCCACAACCUACCUUGGAGAAGUUCAUACUGCCUAAAAGAAUUUACAUUAUUCAACAGCCACGGAAAUGUUAAGAUAAUCACUAAAAUACUUACGUUUACUUAAAAGCGAGUUUCUAUUCUAUAUAGCACUUAGCACGCUGUGGUGAAGUGCUCAAAAGCUGUGUGCCUUGUAUCUUGCUGUGUUCCUGUUACUGACAAUAAAAUAUAAGAAGAGUUACUAAAUGUA